GCGGAUAGCUAUCAAGCUGCAGAUACCUGCUCAACCCCAGCCUUCCGUCAUGGAAAGGAGGCUGGUGAAGCAGGAGGUGAAAAGGCUGCUGGGAGAGUAUAUUGGAAUCAGACUUCGGGAAAAUGAAUUUGAUCCUAAAGGAAGAGGCCAACUCACCUUUCUAGAUGAUAUGGCCCACUAUGACUUGGCCAUCAGUGUUGCUAAUCAAUGGCUAGAUCGCUCAGAAAACUUAACUUGGCUCCAGUGGGAGAAAGUGAGAGGACCACUUCAUGUCAGACCUGUGUAUCCAAACCGAAAAGAGCGAGAAGCAAUGAUCUUAUCGUCUUAUGCUGGCGUCUUAAUGAACAGUAUCCCAAUUGAAGAAGUCCUUAAAAUUUACGGGGCCAAUUCUUCCUCCAGUCCUGAUUCUACCAAGGUAAGUCAAGCUCUGUUGCCCCGCCGCUCCUUGCACCCUUUUGCCAUGUUGACCGCACCCAGAGCAGCAGAGUGCAACCGGAGACAGAGUGUCAAGUUGAGGAGAGGAACAACGAAUAAAAAAGCCACCAGCAGCUCUACAAAGAAAGCAACGGUGCAGAAUGGAGAUCCUGCCAGGAAAGGCGCUCAUACACAACCCCCAGCAACAAAGUCACUUAGAAACAUGGACUAGUGCCGUGGAUGUGUAAGAGCUCCCUGGAGCAGCCAGGAUGCAUCGCCUUAAAGCUACAUGAGGACUUAUAUGGUCAUGGACUUAAAGCUACAGCUGUCACCAGCACACUCCUCUUCUGCAGUUAGCUCUUGACGCAAACUGCAUCAACAUUGACUAUCAUGUUUGCCGCUGAGCUUUCUUCUUUUGGAAGCAUAUUGCACCCCUGUAUUUUGACAACAAGAAGAAGUGUGUCUAUCCUAUGCUAUUCCGUUCUGUGCCUGGAAGACUGCUGGAGCAUCCAGAGGGGGUUCACUAUUUCUGGAUGGGAUCAGACAAUCUGGGUUUGGUGCACAUCUUAGCAAAUGUGCAUCAUUAAAUAUAACACAGAGUUCUGGAGAAGGAGGCGGUUUCCCAAGAGUUUUAACCCCGAGUAAAAUCCAUUUCUCCUUAGGAUACUUUCAAAUAGAGAAAAUGUAAAUUUAUUCCAUUUCAAUAAAGUUUGAAGAGAGAAAUGGAUGCUGGCUCUUUCUGGGUAGAACAUGAUGACCAGUGGGGAAAGAGAAUGUGCUGCUCUUUU